GGAAACCUUCCCAGGGCUCCUUGACACCUUCCCCCCCUCCCUUCCCGGCCUCGGCUCGGUUGGCCUCCGGGGCGGAGCCAAAGAAGCGCCUCCAGGAGCAGGGGAGAGCCGGUGAGGGCCGAGCCGGAAGCUGCCAGGGAAUCACCUCAGAAGCAACUGAGGAGAGCGCCGCCGCUGCAGCAGCUGCAGCCGCCGCCGCCAUGGUGAAGGUGUCGUUCAACUCGGCCUUGGCGCAGAAGGAGGGCGGCAAGAAGGAGGACGAGGAGGAGGGCAAGGAGGGCGGCGGCCUGGGCCAGGUGCUCAUCGUGCCCGCCGAUGGCAAGGAUCCCGAGGCAGUGGUGCCUGUUCGACAGAGGAGAGCUUGGUGCUGGUGUUGGUGUAUGUGCUUUGGGCUGGCUUUUAUGCUUGCUGUUGUGAUACUCGGGGGUGCCUACCUGUACAAGUAUUUUUCGCAUCAGGAAAACGGUGUUUACUUCUGUGGAAUAAAAUAUAUUGAGGAUGGCUUGACCCUAACAGAAGCCAAUGAGGGUGUUCCAGCUCCUCGUUACCAGAUAAUUGAAGAGAACAUUCAGAUCUUGGAGGAGGAGGAUGUUGAGUUCAUCAGUGUGCCCAUUCCAGAGUUUGCGGACAGCGAUCCGGCUGAUAUCGUUCAUGAUUUUCAAAGGAGACUCACAGCUUACCUUGAUCUUAGCCUAGAUAAGUGCUACGUCAUUCCUCUCAAUACGUCAGUUGUUAUGCCGCCUAAAAACUUCUUGGAGUUGCUGAUCAAUAUCAAGGCUGGGACUUACCUGCCGCAGUCAUACUUGAUUCACGAGCAGAUGAUUGUUACUGACCGCAUAGAAAACGUGGAUCAGCUGGGCUUUUUUAUUUAUCGCCUCUGUCGUGACAAGGAGACCUACAAGCUGCAGCGCAAGGAAGCUCUGAGAGGGAUUCAUAAACGUGAAGUGAGCAACUGCCGGAAGAUCCGACAUUUCGAGAACAGAUUUGCUGUAGAAACCCUCAUUUGUGAGCAAUGAGAGAUUACACUUUGCAACAGAAGAUUGACAGAACCUCAUCAGCCCAGCCCUUUCUCUCAUAACGCCGUGAUUUUUAUUUUAAAUGGGUUAUGUAAGUAGUGGACCGUCCUUCCUAGCUGAACGCCAACACUUUAUCUUCUCAUGAUACAUCAUAUGAUUUUUUGAAAAAUCGUGUUUCCAUAUUUUAAGAGUGGUUUCUACAUGUCGAGUAGCAGUUGUAUAAUGGCUUAGUUGUAGUGUGUUUCAUGUAAUGAACCUUGACGAAGUAGCAGGAGGGUCCAGAAUAUGUCCCGUCUCCUAGCACAAUUGGAUAGAAAGAUCCCUCUGAAUUUAAAAAAAAAAAAUGUGUACAAAUUAACUGCAACACUUGAGAGUCCUAAUGACAUAUUAUUAGUGAUGUUGGUGGUUUACAGAGAUUGGAAAAGAACUUUAAUAAAAAGUGCAAUUUCUUGGUGUGUGUUUUUUUAAGCGCAGUCAUACUUAAGUUUGAUUUUUUUUUGCCAUGGUAUAUUAAUAUGUGUCAGCUGUAACAAAAAUAUACAGUAACUUCAGGUUACUAACAUGUAUAUAAGCUAUAUAUGUGCAAUGGAAAAUAAAUAUUACAAAUCUGUUUGUCUAAAA